AUGAGCAGCGUCCUGCAGAGUCGCCACCUUGUGCCGGUGACAGCGACGUCCAAGACCAACUGGCCCGAGAGAGAGACCAACUGGCCCGUGAGAGAGACCAACUGGUUGAAGAGAGAGACCAACUGGCCCGAGAGAAAGACCAACUGGUUGAAGAGAGAGACCAACUGGUUCGAGAAAAAGAACAGCUGGUACGAGAGAAAGACCAACUGGUUCGAGAGAAAGACCAACUGGUCCGAGAGAAGAAACAACUGGUUGAAGAGAGAGACCAACUGGUUCGAGAGAAAAAACAACUGGUUCAAGAGAAAAAACAACUGGUUCAAGAGAGAGACCAACUGGUUCGAAAGAAAAAACAGCUGGUUCGAGAGAAAAAACAACUGGUUCGAGAGAGAGACCAACUGGUUCGAAAGAAAAAACAGCUGGUUCGAGAGAAAAAACAACUGGUUCGAGAGAGAGACCAACUGGUUCGAGAGAAAAAACAACUGGUUGAAGAGAGAGACCAACUGGUUGAAGAGAGAGACCAACUGGUUCGAGAGAAAGACCAACUGGUUGAAGAGAGAGACCAACUGGUUGAAGAGAGAGACCAACUGGUUCGAGAGAGAGACCAACUGGUUGAAGAGAGAGACCAACUGGUUCGAGAGAAAGACCAACUGGUUGAAGAGAGAAACCAACUGGUUCGAGAGAAAAAACAACUGGUUGAAGAGAGAGACCAACUGGUUCGAGAGAAAGACCAACUGGUUGAAGAGAGAGACCAACUGGUUCGAGAGAAAAAACAACUGGUUGAAGAGAGAGACCAACUGGUUGAAGAGAGAGACCAACUGGUUCGAGAGAAAGACCAACUGGUUGAAGAGAGAGACCAACUGGUUCGAGAGAAAAAACAACUGGUUGAAGAGAGAGACCAACUGGUUCGAGAGAAAGACCAACUGGUUGAAGAGAGAGACCAACUGGUUCGAGAGAAAGACCAACUGGUUCGAGAGAAAGACCAACUGGUUGAAGAGAGAGACCAACUGGUUCGAGAGAAAGACCAACUGGUUGAAGAGAGAGACCAACUGGUUCGAGAGAAAGACCAACUGGUUGAAGAGAGAGACCAACUGGUUCGAGAGAAAGACCAACUGGUUCGAGAGAAAGACCAACUGGUUGAAGAGAGAGACCAACUGGUUCGAGAGAAAGACCAACUGGUUGAAGAGAGAAACCAACUGGUUCGAGGGAAAAAACAACUGGUUGAAGAGAGAGACCAACUGGUUCGAGAGAAAAAACAACUGGUUGAAGAGAGAAACCAACUGGUUCGAGAGAAAAAACAACUGGUUGAAGAGAGAGACCAACUGGUUCGAGAGAAAGACCAACUGGUUGAAGAGAGAGACCAACUGGUUGAAGAGAGAGACCAACUGGUUGAAGAGAGAGACCAACUGGUUCGAGAGAAAGACCAACUGGUUGAAGAGAGAGACCAACUGGUUCGAGAGAAAAAACAGCUGGUUGAAGAGAGAGACCAACUGGUUCGAGAGAAAAAACAGCUGGUUGAAGAGAGAGACCAACUGGUUCGAGAGAAAGACCAACUGGUUGAAGAGAGAGACCAACUGGUUGAAGAGAGAGACCAAUUGGUUGAAGAGAGAGACCAACUGGUUCGAGAGAAAAAACAACUGGUUGAAGAGAGAGACCAACUGGUUCGAGAGAAAGACCAACUGGUUGAAGAGAGAGACCAACUGCGUCAGGUUAAAGACCAGCUGACAAAGGAGAAUGAAGAGCUACAGGCCGAUAAUAGCCGCCUGACUGUAGAACAAAGGGUGUUAAAUGAGAAGGUCACUGAACUACAAAAGAAGAUAGAGGAUCUUGUGUGGGAGCGAAAUACCCCAAGAUGUCCCCAGUGAUGGAAAACAUACAUGUCCACAUGUUAUCAGCAUUCCUCUGUGAGAAACACCUGGGAGUACGCCAAUCAAAACUGUGCAAGCCAAGGAUCUCAUCUGGUGAUCUUCAAUGAUGAAGCAGAGGAGAGGACUGUGCGUAGUUUUGGACCAGCUGCCAAAGUGUGGAUGGGUAUGAGUGGUUACAAAGAUCCAAGCACCAACUCAUGGACGUGGACAUGGGUGGAUGGAGGCGCACUGUCUUUUGUAAACUGGAAUUAUCAGGACAACGUUGAUUGGAGGUGUCAGGCUCGGGCUUGUGCAUAUGUUGACCAAGGCUCGGUGUCCUUGAGGACCUGGUCCCUGGGGAUAUGUGAAGAACAGCACUACUGGGUGUGUGAGAAGAAGCUGCACACCUGAGCUGCUGGCCUGAAUAAGACUCGCACAACAAACCCAUCUGUCUCUGUCUCUUGUCUCU